GCCAUAGGAACCAGGGAAGCGCAACAGAGCCCCGCCGGCGUGUGUCCCUCGCAUGUGGCCGGUCUGCGUUUUGUCUGGAGACGGAUUCAUAAACAUGCCCUCUUAAAACACGGUCUAGGGCAAACCAGACGCGCAUUGCCGUUUCAGACCGGUCCACAUAACCAGCUAUGGUUCUCUAGGGUUGUAGUGUUGGAAUUGCUCAUAUGUAGGGUCCCGAGGGACAUAUACUGUACAUGCACCGUGUAUGAAUGUGAAAACGGAAAUCAUGACAGAAGCAACUCCUGAGGAACAGUUACGGCGGGUCAGACAGAGAGACCUUUUCCAGACCUACUUUUUUAAAGUGGCAGCCAGAACGUUCGGCCCCCCAAAGAGCCGGGAGAGGGUCAUCAUCGCGCCGCCGAUGCCCACGGCUGACCGUGACCUCCAGCUGACCUCUGACCCCGCGCCCCCAGGCCCGGCCGUGGGCCAGAGGCGGCCCAGGCGGGCCCCCCCGGCCCCCCUCGCCGGAGCCGACCCGGCCCCACAGGAGCCGGAGAGCGGACCGCCGGCGCCCCGGGACGAGGCCGUGAGGGAGCUCCAGGGCUGGAUGGCCCAGAGGAAGGAAUUCCGCAGGCAGCUGGACAGCAUGGGAGACGUGCGGAAGUGGGUCCGGAGCAAACCGGUGGUCUCCGAGCUGGAGGCGUCCGUGGGGGAGAGAGGGGAGGCCCGGCCCAGGAGCGAGCAGGGAGACGCCCGGAAGCCUCCUGUGAAACCAGGGGUGGGGCCCCCCCAACCGAAGAAGCCCCCCCAGAAGCACGCGGUGCCCCCCCCAGUCAUCAGGCGGCCGUCGCCUCAGGCGGUCUCAGCCCUGCAGCGGUACCUACACGCUCACAGGCUGAGACUGACGGAGCUCUUCUUGCGUCUGGACCGGCGCCGGACUGGCCGGGUCUCGCGGGGCGACUUCAGAACCGUCUUUGAGCAGGAGGGGAUCCCGGUGGACGAGGCCCAGCUGGACGACCUCCUGGUGGCCCUGAGCUCCGGGGACGUGGACACGGUGAGCUACAGGGAGCUGGUGGGCGGCCGGCGGGCCUGGAGCCUGCAGACGAGGCAGGCCCGGAAGAGCAGGCCAGCGCAGGGCCGCGCAGCGGACACGGAGCCGCGCCUGUCCGGCGGCCUGGAGCUGGGGUCUGGCCCGGAGCCCGGUCAACAGGGCGCUCCCUCUGCGCGUGUCUCUCGGGGAUCCCCCUUCCUGCAGGUGCCCCUCCCCUGCCUGCGGGAGCGGCGACCUCUGACCCUGGAGGACGAGGAAGAGCUGGGCAGACUACACCGGCAGAGACGGCGCACAGCCAAGCUGGGCAGCAGCGAUGUGGAGGCUCUGGCCCGGGCCUGGGUGGUGAAGACAGGGAGGGCAGCUGUGGACGCGCACGCCCUCCCCUCCACAGCCGGCGGGCAGAGCGGGGAGGCUGUGGACCGGUACCGGCGGGCCUGUCUCCGCGAGCUGAUGGACACCCUGCAGCUGUGCCAGGAGCGAGGGCUGGCGCUGAGCGAGGCCACGCUGGAGAGGGCUCUGCUGCACCCCGGUGACAGGCUGCUGAGAGCCUCUGACCCCCUCCUGAAGCUGAGACAGCCCGGGACGAGCCCCGCCGCGAGGACAUUGGGACAGAAGAGCGCCUGGGGUGACCGGAGAGAGAAGGAGGAAGAGGAGAAGGCCUUCAGCGCAGGGACGAGCCAGCCCCGAGUUGGCACCGACAGCAGGCCUGUGUACCCGCCCCGCAAGGCCGUGGAGAGGGGCAGGCAGCUGGUGAAGCUGUCGACGGGCCAGGCAAGGAUCGGGCGCAGGACUGACUGCUGGCUGACCUUCGAGGAAUACGCCAGCAUCACCAGGGACUCUCCGCAGCGCCCGAGCCGGCGUGCCAACCCCGACGCGUUCUGGCCCGGGCGGGACCUGGAGACGGUGCGGCUCCUGCUGCCCGAGACGGGGCGCGUCCCGGAGGAGGUCCUGUUCCGCCCCGUCCGCCGCGGGCCUGCGCCCCGUCCCAGUAGCUGGCCAGCCUGCGCCCAGGGGCUCUUCAUCUCCGGGGACAGCGUGGCGCACAAGAGCCCCCUGCUGCCGUAGACUCACCCACAGCCCCCGGAUUCCCCUUUCCCAGAAGCCUCACGCGAAACCCUCGGAAUGCCCUCUGAGCAGCACUGGCCAUUGCACACAAGUCCACGCCUGUGGUGUCCCCUCGGACAGCUUGCCACGCAGAAUCGCAGGUUUUUUUGUGCCAUGCCUGUGAUUUUACCAGGCUUUUAACACACAUUUACCCCUCCAGGGAGUAUUCUCUGGGCUUCGCCCUGGCUUUACCACGUGUCUGGACACGUAAACCCAUGGUCUUUCCCUGAUACACCCCUGUAAACUGUCAUAACGGAUGUAUGUCAGCCUUUGGAAAGGGAGUCUGCCUCAGUCCCCUGGGUCCGUACCUGCUGGUGCUGCUGUGUUGGUGGCUGCUCAGGUUUGUGCUCAGUGUUGUGUCCGGCACAUACUAUUGACCCUGUUUCCAUGGCUGCUCGAUGCUGUAAAGCUCUGUGUGCAAUACACCAGUGCAUUCUAGGUGCAGGUCUCUGACAGGGCCGUAGGGUUUAAUGUAAUUUCAUACAUGGCUUAAUGCUCCAGAAGGACUGAGUCUCCUGAGCAUUUAGCCCCCAGCACGAACCCCUGAUCCCCCUCCCUCAAGCAGCAGUUUCAUGUACUUUAAUUCUGAAGGUCAGCCUUUUUGUUGAAAGUGUGUAUUUCUCAUAAAAUCACCCGGAACGGCAAAGAGCCUGCGAGAACAGGCACUGCGAGCUGAGAGCUGGACCCCGGACCGACAGGAUUCCUCUCUGUGCUUUGUACUGCUUCAGAAUAAAAUUUACAACAGA